GUUCGCGGCGCCUGCAACCAUGGACAACUUGAAGCCGCUCUCGCUCCCCCAUUUUUUCUCCUCCCUCGCCUUCUCCCCUUGCUCCCCGUUCGCGCACCACCACGGAGCGCUGGAGCCGCGCUUCUCGGCGACCCUUCGCCUAGCACCGCCGACCGCGCUCUCCAACGGCCGCGGCGUCGCCGCUCGCUGCCCGGGUUUGCUGCACCCGAGGAUAUCAAGCUCUGCUGUCAAUUCGUGUGCCCACCAUUUGAAGCUAAAGUCUACUAAGACUGGUUCGACAGGAGGACCGUAUGCAGUGUCUGUUGUGCAAGGGUACCAAUACCAUGAACAUACGCAAGAUCCUGACAAGAACAAUAUGGAGAAGAAUGCCAGAUCAAGAGAUUUUUGCAACAUCACUUUACAGGUGUGUGUUUGGGGCGCCACUUUUUGUGCCAAUUUAUCACGUCAGAGGGUUGCAAAUACACCCCGUGCAAUGGCUGGGGACCACAAUGAAUGUGACAUAGUGAAAGGAGAAGAUCAGAGUCAAAGCAAAGACAACUCAAAGUGUUUUCCUCAGAAAAAAGCCACAGCAAAAGGCAUGAUGACUCUUAGUGCAAUCCUAUUUCUUGCCUUGAUAUUGGGUGCCAGACACCAGAUCAUCAAAAUAAUGAAGUCAAAGGGCCUUGACACCAAACGUUCCAUCAUUCUGUUAUCUUCAUGCCUGUGCAUGGUCAAAUCAGUCUAUGGCGCACUAAAAGAGGCUAAGGAUGCUGGUGAACUAGUAAUGUUCUAUCUGGAUGUAUCAAAGAAAGGAGACUAACCGAGAGACAAAUGAUCUUCAGUGCUGAGUGGCUGCAGUACUUUUGUCUGAGAGAAGUGAUCUUCGCUAGAUGGCGUGCAUGUGGUCGCAAGAAUAUUGAGUUAGGACAUCAGCUCUGUGCUUGUCGUUAAUUCAAACACCUGAGAUGAAGCUUACUUUUCUUUGUUUUGUAGUCUAGAUAACACGCAUGUAUAUCUUGAGACUAGGAAUUUUUUGAUGGACGCGCGCACACCAAUCUAUGGUCGGACGAAAUACCUUUGUAUUUUUUAGGUGGUACUAGAUAGUGGUACAUUGACAGAAGUGCAAGAAAGAUUCACGAAAUCUUUAGGAGAUACUUCACUGAAACAUAUGUUCUCGUUAAUGAAGUACAAGUGUGCAUA